AUGGUCACCAGUUCAUCCAAGUGUAUUUUUAACCGUCGAUAUAACGGGCCGAUUUGAUAUAUGGAAUUUAAAUAAUGAUUCAGAAUUACCAACCUUAACUACUCAAUUAGAGGGCAAUGUUGCAUUGAACAAAUGCAUGUGGUCAAAUAAUGGUCAACAGAUUGUAUUGGGUGAUGAUCAAGGAAAAUUGAGAAUAUAUGAUGUUAGUGAAUCUUUAACAAAUCCAAAACAAGAUGACUGGACGAAGUUUACCCAAACGCUACAAGAAUGUAAACGAAGUGCACUAGAGGUGCACGAUCAUCAAACAACACAUACGUCUUAA